GCCAGAGCUCUGUUUACAAACCAAAGAGAGAGAGAGAGAGAGAGAGAGACCCUUGUAUUGAAUUGAGAGAGGCAUAGGCAGAAAUAUAGGAACAGCAGCAGCAAUAGCAGAAGCAGCAGAGGAGGAUCGAGGCAGAUUUCUAGACCACCAUUAUGGAUUGAGACGAAGAGGGAACCCUGCCAUCAUGACCAGGCCAGCUGGAGGUGGGAGACUGUCUUUGUCUCAACAUUUUCCCCAAUCGAAGCAGCAGAUGGUUAGAGGGAGAGUAGGAACUUCCCCCUCCUAAAUACACACACACACACACUAGCAAAAUAUCCUAGCUAGAAGACUGUUCUUUGUUUGUGUUUUGGGGGAAUCAUCUUUUUCCUGCUGUGAAGAGUACGCUCUACCCCCCUAGUAGAUCAGAGCCCUGAAGGAGUAGAGGAAGAGGAGGAGAAGAGAGGGCAGACAGAGGGGAUAAAGCUUGUGAAAAUCCCUCUGUUCAGAAGGAUUUGGAGGGGGACAAAGCAGGGACUAAUACCUCCCACACUGGAAUAAGAGCAGGGACUCUUGUCGUUUGGAAUGGUUUUCUGUCACUGUGAUGAACUGGACAGUUGUUGUUUACCGGAUUGCAAUUUAUGGAGCUGUUUUUCUCCUGAAUGCAAGUUGUUUUGAUUGGGAGGAAAGGAAGUGUGUGUUGUUUUGAUCCGUGUCGAGAGAAGAUUUCACCAGUGGACAUUGACAUGAGCCCCAGUUUAGAGACUGAUUUUGGGCUUCCGGGCGUCGGGGUAACCUGGUAGUUUGGCCCUCACACAGGUCCAGCCUUCUCCUGACAGGGCCUGGAUUUACUGCUGCAGUCCUGGGAGUCAGGUUUCAUGCAACCAUUCCAAUGGUGUAACGGAUGCCUGUGGUUUAGGUCUCCAGCACUUUGAGAAGUACUGUGGACAUAGCAAGAUGGAUACCACUUACCACCUGCCACUCAAUGUCUAUGUGAUAGUGCUGGGCAUCGGCCUGUUCGUUUUCAUGCUCAGCCUCAUCUUCUGCUGCUACCUCUUCAGGUUGAAACAGCAAGGGACGAGGGAGCAGUUCAGCUACAAUGAGGUGGUUCUUAAAGGGGCAGGAAAGAAGCUGAGCCUUCUAGGACAAACGUGUGCAGUAUGUUUGGAAGAGUUUCGGACCAGAGAUGAGCUAGCCGUGUGUCCGUGUUCGCACGCAUUUCACAAGAAGUGCCUACUGAAGUGGCUGGAGAUCCGUAGCGUGUGCCCCAUGUGUAAUAAACCCAUCCUCAGGCUCCACCCAGACCCCACACAGGGAACUGAGGGGCCCCAGGACCCAGAGGAGGUGUGAAGGACCCACAGGGGCCACCACGACCGCCAUACGCACCUGUACACAUUUACACAGAAUUGAUGGUCAUUUUAUGGACAUCACAGAGUCGAUUGUAUUCUUAAAGUGGCUUCCAUGGUGUUAGUCUUUGAGCAUUAAUCAAUAUGGCUGGGGUUUGGGUACUGUAUAUGGAUGUUGAUUACACCCGUCCAGGCCUUUCAGAUCGUCAAGAAAGUCAACGAUGACCGAGGGGGCAGGGCGCAAGAGAGUGUUUCAGGAUCGGGCCCUACUAGUUUAGCAAUGGAACCUAAAAACAACAUGAUAACUCUAACCUUGAGGGAUGUGGUGUUUGGAAUUUGGCCAUACUAGCAUGCCAAUGGGGCUUCCUGCAAGAAAUGAAGGAUAGGGUAGGGGGUCAGGUGCAGCAGGUCAGUUUGGGAUUGGGCCCUCCUAGCUUAGCAGUGGAGCUUCAUAAAGCUGCCGUCUAGCCUCCCCCUUUAGAUCAGGGAGAAUGAGUAAAGGCUAUACGGACACUCCUGACCCAAAUAUUCAUUUUGCAGGUCAGCAGCGUACUAAUAGUAUCUCCAGUGAGAAUGAGAGGAAAGUGACAUAGGAACGGGAGCCACUUUAGAAUAUCGAGUUCUCCCCCAGUCAUUGGACGAUGCCUGGUACAAUACUCCCAGAUACAGCCAAUCACAAACGACACGUCAGGCAUUCUGAGAAGGUCAUUGGUCAAGUAUCAGGAUUGAUGUAAAUGGAUACCUCUUAUACCUCAGGGGUGUUACAAUACAAGCCAGCACAAACAUGCCAUUCAAUACCAUGUGCCACACACAGAACAUGUCCAAUACUGCCAACUCCAACCUAGGUAACACGAUACUGAGGUCGUCAAAACAUUGGUCACGUUCCAGGCCGACUACAUUGCAGUCGUGCUGCACACAGCAACAAAUGGUUCUGCGCCACGUCAUCGACUGAGCAAAUGCGGUUAGCUGACAUGUUAAACACUUAUCCAGGCGUGGAGAUCCGGCAAGAGACUGCAAUGUAGUCGGUCUGGAACGCAGCCAUUGAGAUCUGGCAAGUGACUGCAAAGUAGUUGGUCUGGAACGCGGCCAAAGGCUGGAAUCACAAAACCAGUCCAAUACCAACAUCACAGCAGCUCUCUGAUGUACAGAACUAUAUAUCCAGGGGUGUGUCAGAAAUGGCACCCUAUUCCUUACACAGUGCACUUACCUUUGACCAGAACCCUAUGCAGGCCCUGGUCAAAAGUAGUGUACUAUAUAGGGAAUAGGGUGCAAUUUCUGACACAAACCAGGUCCAUAACCUCGAAGACUGAUAGACAGCUAGUCUUGCCUGUAUGUAUGUACGUAAUGUUGUGACCCCCCCCAUCUUGUAAUUUUGUACCGUUUGUUGCUUUUAAAUAAAAUUAUGUAUCAUCUC